ACUAAGCGUGGUAUCACCCAUUUCGGGCAAAUAUGAAGUCGGGCAUCUUAGCUUGUUUGAUUUUCUUCCAGUUUGAAGCACUAUCAGAAACAAAGCCAUGUGAAGAAAAACUAGGCCAAACUAUAGAAGAAAGCAACGCCACUGCCCAUCAGAAGAUGAUGGCAUUUCACAAUGGAGUUGUAAAAGUGACCUGCCACUACCCCAGGUCUGCCCGGGACUUUACCAUGCAGUUGCUGAAAGGAACCAUGAGGCAGAAAGUCUGUGAACUCAUAAGAGACAAAGACAUUACUAACACAACCACCCAGAAGGAGCUGAUAUAUUGUCAGCCAGACCUCUCCAACGACAGUGUGAUUUUCACCUUGUCUAAUUUAGACAUCCGCCACGCUGACUACUACUUCUGCAGUCUAGAAGUCUCUUUUCCUCCUCCUUACCAGAACUGUACCCCAGAUGAAGCCUACCUAUAUGUUUAUGAAUCCAAAUUCUGUUCCAAACUCACAUUCUGGCUACCUGUUGGGCUAGCAGUGUUUUCCAUGCUGUCCUGUAUCUGCUGCAUCUUAGCCUUUUGGCUGAGAAACAAGAGCAACCAAUGCCCAUCCAGCUUACACGAGCCCAACAGUGAAUACAUGCCCAUGGCAGCAGUGACAGCAGCUAAGAAGUCAGGAUUUAGAGUUCUAUCCUCAUAAGCUGAGGCACCGAAGCCUCAAGAACCCCGUUCUGAACGGCAAGGAGACACCCUGAAGGACUGAAUCCCUCUCCACUCAAGGCCAUGAAUUAGAAUUCAUUUCAUCGCGGUCACUUUUGAUCUCUUCUUCAAUCUAUUUUUUUUAUGGUAGUUGUUAAGCGCUUACUAUAUGUCCGGCACUGUACUAAGCACUGGGGAAGAGACAAGCA